UAACAACUGCCGUGAAAGACGUUCUUUCGGGGCUCUUCAAUUCUUUUUUUAUUCAGUUAAAAUUAAUCAUGAACAUAGAUAACGUUAAACACUCUUGAGACAAAGAUAAAAAUACAAACAGUGGUUAGUAGUUAUACUUUAUGAAGAAUUAUUUUAUGAAGAGAUCAUUCUUUAAACUCAAGAUUAAGAAUUUAACCUGUAGAUCGUCGUUAACUUACAUUUUUCUAAAAUGACAAUAUUUUUAUGGUGCGUUUUAAUAUUAUUCAUCAAUUUUAAUGUGGAAGCUAAGCCAGCACCAGCACAUGCACCAAAAUUAUUAGUUGUAUCUUAUGAUGCAUUCAGGUAUGAUUAUUUUGAAAGAAAUGUAACACCAUUUCUUAAGGACCUAAGAAUUAAAAGUACUUAUACAGAUUAUAUGAGAAAUGUUUUUGUAACAAAAACAUUUCCAAACCAUUUCACAAUAUCUACUGGAUUAUUUGUAGAAACUCAUGGGGUAGUUGAUAGUGAAUAUUAUGAUCCAAAAAUAAAUAAAACAUUCAAAUAUUCUCAUGAACUGUUUCAUUAUAAUAAUGAUAUUCUCCCAAUAUGGAUUCUCAAUGAGAAUGCUGAUGGAAAUAGACAUAGUGGUAUUAUGAUGUGGCCUGGUGGUGAUUAUGAAUAUGAUGGAAAAAAAACUAUAUUUCAUCAAUCUUGGAACACAUCUAUUCCAUGGAAAAAUAGAAUAGAUGAUAUAAUAUCCUGGUUCAACCAUCCUAAGACUCCCAUAAAUUUCGGAAUGUUAUAUAUUGAAGAGCCAGACUUUCAUGGACAUGGUAUCGGCAUCAAUAAUCCUCGAUUUAACGAGAUAUUAAAAAAAUUAGAUGAAAUAACAAAGUAUCUUCAUCAGAAAUUGAAGCAAAAUUGUCUGACUGAUGUCAAUGUUAUACACCUGAGUGACCAUGGAAUGUCUAGCACUACUAUUAACCGAAUAAUAAACUUGACUGAAUUUAUUGAUCCUGCUGACUAUAAAUUUGUAGGAAUAUCUCCAGUAAUAAAUAUUUACCCUAUCGAAGGGAAAGAAACUUUGGUUUACACCAAUUUGAAGAAAGCUUCUACUGUUAACAAAAAUUUUGAUGUAUACUUAAAAGAAGAUAUACCUGAAAGAUAUCAUUUUCAUAAUAAUCCUAGAAUAGGACCUAUUCUUGUCGUUGCAAAAAUUGGUUAUGCUUUCCAAACUCUUUAUGAUAGUUUUCCUUGGUACGAAAAAGAAUUCAAUAUUACAAUUAAUGAAAAUUCUGAAUUUGGAGUUCAUGGAUAUGACAAUAACAAUUCGGAAAUGCAUCCAUUUUUUUUUGGUCUAGGACCUGCUUUUUUGCCAGCAUGUAAGGUACCGCCGUUCGACAAUACAGAUUUACUUCCUUUGUUUUGUGAAAUACUUGACAUAUCAUGUCCUCAAGUGAAUGGAACUUUGAGUAAUCUGAAAACUUGUUUAACAAAACAUCACUAUGAGGCAAUUUUGUAUAAUGGAAUAUACAUAGGUGGCGUGGUUAUUUCAAUUUUAGGAAUUAUAGCUUUAUUUUUAGUAUAUUUAAGAAGACAACAUUCUGAAAAAAAUACGAAAUACAGAAUAUUAAUGCAAGAGGCCGACUUGGAAAAUCAAACAUGGGAUGAAGGGAAACUUGUAUGAAGGCACUAAUAAAUCAUAAAACGUAUUCUAUUUAUAUAUUACGUACAAUGAUGUAAAAUAUAUUUGUAAAUAUAUUUGUAAAUAUAUUUUUGAAUAUAUUUGUGGAUAUGUAUUAUUUAACAUUUAAAAAUUAAUUGUAUAAAUAUAAGUAUUAAUAUAACUUUUGAUUG